CGCAAUUGUAUACUUCAAAUUUCUAGCUAGGUCUGCUAUAAAUUGUGAUCAUACAGAAAAAUAUGCAAUUCCUACAACUUCCGAGCCCUAGUAAUAACUAUGUAUAAUAAAUGUAAUAUACGUAUGUUUGAUAAAUCUAAUUUUCAGAUUAUUAGAAGUUGAUUGGUUAAAAAACAUUUGGAGACCGGAUUCGUUUUUUAAAAAUGCCAAAGCCGUUACAUUUCAAACGAUGACAAUUCCAAAUCAUUACAUGUGGCUUUAUAAAGACAAAACUAUUCUCUACAUGGUCAAAUUAACUUUAACAUUAUCGUGUGCAAUGAACUUCAUGAUAUAUCCACAUGACACACAAGAAUGCAAACUUCAAAUGGAAAGCUUGUCUCAUACCACUGAUGAUAUGAUAUUUCAAUGGGAUCCAGAGGUACCGUUGGUUGUUGAUGAAAACAUUGAACUGCCUCAGUUACAGUUAGUCAAAAAUCAAACUGCUGAUUGUACUCAGGUUUAUUCCACCGGAAAUUUUACAUGUCUUGAAGUUAUUUUUGUUCUUAAACGAAGACUUGGAUAUUAUCUGUUUCACACUUAUAUUCCUACAUGUCUUAUCGUCAUAAUGUCUUGGGUUUCGUUUUGGAUUAAACCUGAAGCUGCUCCAGCCCGUGUGACAUUGGGUGUUACGUCUCUAUUGACGUUAUCCACACAACACGCUAAAUCUCAAGCUGCGCUGCCUCCCGUUUCAUAUCUAAAAGCAGUCGAUACAUUUAUGUCCGCGUGUACAGUGUAAGUAUAUAUUAGGUAUAUAUUUAUAUCGCUUCAGAACAAAUCUAGUAACAGUAGUAAUUAUGUUUUAGAGUUAGAGAAUUUUUAUAAAAUGAUAAUUUGAACUUUAGUUAAUUGGGUUGUAACUGGUAUCUAAUUA